CACAGGACACACCUCCGUCGAUCACUGCACUCGCCAAGCUUUCAAUCCAUCAGACAUGAGCGCUAUUAUCAAGUCCCUCCGCCAGACGGCCACCAUGGCCACGCGCUCGACUGCUGCCCCUGCUGCGGCUCGCGCUCUCUCCACCUCCACAACCUCGCUCCUAGACGAGCUGAAGGAGCAGAUUCCCGUGCGUCAGGAGGCUCUCAAGAAGCUCAAGUCUGAGCACGGCCACAAGUCGCUUGGCGAGGUCACCGUGGAGCAGACUCUCGGCGGCGCUCGUGGAAUUAAGUCGCUUCUGUGGGAGACCUCGCUGCUGGACGCCGAGGAGGGCAUCCGUUUCCGCGGCCACACCAUCCCGGACCUCCAGCAGUGCCUACCGGCCAAGGAGGAGGGUGGCGAGCCCCUACCGGAAGGUCUUCUAUGGCUACUAAUGACCGGUGAGGUCCCCACGGCCGCCCAGACCGCCAGCGUCACCGCUGAGCUGCACUCGCGCGCCAAGGUACCCGAGCACGUGCUCAAAAUCAUCCGUGACCUCAAGCACGCCCACCCCAUGACGCAGCUGUCGGCUGCUGUGACUGCUAUGAACACUGAGAGCAUCUUCGCCAAGAAGUACGCUGAGGGUAUCCACAAGUCCACCUACUGGGAGUACACGUACGAGGACAGCAUGAACCUCAUCGCUCGCCUGCCCGAGGUGGCCGCUCUUAUUUAUCGCAACACGUACUUCGGCGAGUCCAACAACGCUUACGACUCGAGCCUGGACUACUCGGCCAACUUCAACCGCAUGCUUGGCUUUGACAACGCUGAGUUCGACGAGCUUAUGCGUCUGUACCUGGUGAUCCACAGCGACCACGAAGGUGGCAACGCCAGUGCUCACACCACGCAUCUCGUGGGCUCGACCCUGUCGGACCCGUACCUCUCCCUAGCCGGUGGCCUCAACGCUCUGGCCGGCCCACUGCACGGCCUUGCCAACCAGGAGGUGCUGGGCUGGAUCCUCGACCUGCAGGCCGAGUUCCACGCUAAGGGGCUUGAGGUGAACAAGGAGACCAUCACCCAGUUCGCGUGGGACACGCUGAAUGCCGGCAAGGUCAUCCCGGGCUACGGUCACGCCGUGCUGCGUAAGACUGACCCGCGUUACACGUGCCAGCGCGAGUUCGGUCUCAAGUACAUGCCCAACGACGAGCUGUUCCGCAUUGUCGACACGAUCUACCAGGUGAUGCCGGGUGUUCUGACCGAGCACGGCAAGACUAAGAACCCGUACCCGAACGUGGACUCGCACAGCGGUGUGCUGCUGCAGUACUACGGUUUGACGCAGAAGAACUACUACACGGUACUCUUCGGUGUCUCGCGUGCUAUUGGUGUGCUCUCGCAGCUCUUCUGGGACCGCGCACUAGCCCUGCCGCUGGAGCGCCCCAAGUCUGUGACCAGCGAGUGGAUCAACAACCACUUCGCCAACAAGAAUCUCGGCCGGUAG